AUGCAUUUGAUUUAAAUGGGAACAAAACUAAAAUUUAAGAUUGAUGAGCAAGAAUGUAAUCAGGCUAAACUGGCGUUUUUUCUGUACACAACAGAGAGCAGCAUUUCUGUGGACAGUAGGCAAGAGAAGGGCAGUACCAUCAGUUCCGUCAUGUCAAAAUCGUCAGAACAGUUUGAAGACUCAGAUUGUGUCUGUUCAUUGGGGAUGAAAUUAACCUGGGAUAUCAACGACCCUCGGCUGCCUCAGGACAUCAAGCAGUAUGACACUUUCCAGGAAUGGACGGAAGGCUACGUCCGCUAUAUCUACAGCGGCGAAGACAAGAACGCGCAGCGGCACCUGAGCGGUUGGGCCAUGCGCAACACCAACAACCACAACUGCCAGAUCCUCAAGAAGUCCUGCCUUGGGGUGGUGGCCUGCAGCCGGAGCUGCACGCUGCCGGACGGCACCAAGCUACAGCUCCGGCCCGCUAUCUGCGACAAGGCUCGGCAGAAACAGCAAAAGAAGCUUUGUCCCAACUGCAACUCUUCUCUGGAGCUGAUACCUUGUCGUGGUCACAGUGGAUAUCCAGUGACCAAUUUUUGGAGAGUUGAUGGAAAGUCCAUAUUUUUUCAGGCUAAAGGAGUUCAUGACCACCUGAGACCUGAGACAAAGUCAGAGACAGAGGCCAGGAGGAGUGCAGUGAAGAAACGCAUCUCCUCACCGCAUUUCCCUCAGAAGCGACGACUAAUAGAGCCAGAAAGCGGGAGGUACCAUGACCCAGGUGGACCUUUCCCCGGCCUGCACCACCUGUCCUGCAUGGAUGGCCCAGACCGCUUCAGCAUCAUCACCGAGUCUAAUUUCCCCAUCCAGCCACAGCACUACUCCUUCCAGAACCCUGAACCCUAUAAGUUUCCCUUUGACUCUCCUGGUGCCGCCGGUGAUGCGGCUUCACUGCAGAAGGCUGCCAACCCACGACUGUAUGUCCCACGACCGCCAUGUGGCUACGACUUCACUGUGCCCGGGUACCUGGGCCCGGGCCCCUACACAGCGCUUUACAAGGACCGUGGCAGCCCGCCACCCGAGGUGGACCCCAGUAAGACCUGCAUGAGUCUGGGUGGGCCGCAGCUCAGCACCAGCCCUCUGGGGAUCCACGAGCGUGGCUAUGAUGCUUCCGGAAAGCACCGUGGCUGGAAGCAGGUCGUUGGCAAGGGGGGCUACAGUGACCGGCCCGACUAUGGGCAGAUUGGCACCAACUCCAACCAGCACUACUACAACAGCGAAUACCCGUGCAGGUACGCGGGACCCACAGCUGCCAGCCCCACCGGCCUCCAGACCAUAAUCACCACCACCACCAAGGUGUCCUACCAGCCGUGCAAACCGGCCGUGGUGAAGUACGGCGACAGCCUCUAUGAUGUCAAGGGCUUGCCCAGCUGCAACUCUUUGCUGGAGGGCAAUUCGUCCAGCUCCUACCCUGAUCUGAAGCUUCCGGAAGAUUCUGGGGUCAUCAAAUCAGCUUUGACGUAUCAGCAGGAGUCAAUCCCCCCCAAACCCGAGAAAGGGGAAAGUCUGGAGAGUUACCGCUACGGGAGUUACACCUCCAGCGGCUAUCCGGAGCGCGUGUCGCAUCCCUUCAGAUACGAGGGGGGUGACUUCUGACUUUCUCAUUUGGUCAUGGGCUGUGUUUGCAGCCACCCAUUUCCAUUUCACAAUCAUCUGCCUUUUGGAGAAAUACUGUGUUAUUUAUACAUUUCAACCAUAAACGUCUCUGCGCUGUAAUUUUACCACACGCAUCAUAUUUUCAUUUAAAAUGAAUAUGUAAAUGGAUUUUAUCAUUUUAAAUUAAAACUUGGUCAUUACAAUCUCAUCUUUUUAUUGUGCUUGUGAAUAAUGUUCUGAAUUACAGCACUGCAGCAAAAAUGUGUUUUGUUUUUAUAAAGAAAUGGCAUUCAGUGAUGAUGAAACCAGCUGAUUUUCAGUACAAGUGUGUGUCUGACAUUGAUAUCAUUGGACAGAAUAAAUGUCAUUUAUUUUAAUAAAUAAUAUUAUAAAACAGCA